AGAGGCACCUCGCCUUUGUAUUAAACUAGGCAAUAACACAUUAUACAAUACAGCAAGACAUGCUCGUUCAACUUUAUCCUUCUUUUAAGCGUGUGUCCCUGUAUUGGAUAUUAACGAAAACUCGUCGUUUGUUUAUAAAUCAACCACGUCUCUUAAUAAAAGUGAUAAAACGAUCUAACGACGGUACGCGUUACUAGGGGUAUAAAGGGGCGGGACUUUCAGUCACAUGGUUUAAGCGGCAUGAAGCGAGAGAGAGAGGACUUCUGAAAGAUCUAUAUCCGUCUGGGUUGUUUCUGACAUUGCUAUUGGAAAUACUUCUAAAAAAAUCUCAAUGUAUAUUAUUCUUGUUGUUGUUCAUUAUCCGGUCCGGUUCUAUUUCUUCUCCCUCCGGUGACUCUUUACGUGUAUACACAUAGGAAGCAGGAUAACGGAAAUAGCGUUGGGGUAGACCGGGAAAACGCCACAAUUCAUGACCCUCUUCCAGCCUAUAUGCGUCAUCCUCGUCAGGGUCCUUUCCAGGAUGUUUGUCAUAUCUUCUCCCAAAAACUGGCCCUUGACGGAGACGUCACCGAUUCCAUCUCAGUUCAUGAUGCCUUGUUGGAAGAACUGGCAAAUUUACGAACUGAAGCUUACCAACUCAAAGCUACGCACCGAGACAAAAAAGAGUCAUGCAGGGUUCUGCAGUUCCAAUGCAGAGAGUCAGAGCAGGAAUCCGCUAGUGUCUGUUUGCAGACAAUUGCAGCUCAACAGGCAAAGCGAGGAGACGUUAGAACAGUACAGAUGCCAGAUCCAGGAAUUAAAGUUGAAGCACAGAAAGCUGCGGAUGAAGUUUGAAAACCAACUCAAUCAACUCAUAGAGCAGCACAAAAAUCUACUCACUAUAUUUACCCCAGAGAGACUUCCAUCUGAAAUAGAAAGCGCUCAGAAUUCAAAAUGCCAGUUAUUAGCCACUGAAAUUCUUAAGGUGGCACAGUUAAAUAUCCUAGAAGAGGAAGUCUAGAAGAGGUAAAGUGGAAGAGGAAGCCAGGAGGAGUGAUCUCAAGUUAUAUACAGAAAAUAAUUUGAAACGUUAACAAUUGUUAUCCUCAAUUGUAAUGAGCGGUUAUUUGUCAAGUUAACUAAAGGGUUUUGUUAUAAACCACUCCUUAUUUCAAAUUGGAUCCCGUAUGCAUGUGUAUUAACAAGGAAUUGUAUCCACAUUCAAUUACUGCUUAAUUCAUAGAGUGAUCCUUACAUAACUGUUGUAUUUGUCGGUUUCAGUUCAUAUGUGUGCAGAAAAACAACUUAAUAUCAGUGUAAUAUUGUGAAAUUAAAUAAAUGGUUCAGAAUAUAUUGAAUAUAAUAAGGAUUGUUUUCAUGCUUCAUUAAAGGCUUCCACCAGAAAAUGCCUUUGUAAUUACUUGGCCAUUUUGGCUGUGUGGCAUUAGGAACUAUUUAGUUCGACGUGAUAGUCAGAUUAGUUCUGUUAACAGUGACGACAUGUCAUUAAGGAGGAGUAUAGGCCUAUCUUAUCUGUUAUUCGCUAAGAGAGAACUUUGAUAACAACUCCUUCGUUUAUGGGAGUAAAAACAGGAUCCAUUCUGACUUCUUAGUUCAAACCAUUUAGUGCUUUACAUUUCUAGAUGGAAGAUCAUGUUUACUUAUCUCAAUAACUUCUCACAGGUAUUCUACCUUCUAGUUCUGAACCUAAUGAGCGGAAAAUAUUGAAUCUGGGCCAGAUCAAUCACAGAUUAAAGUACUUUGAUGAAUCAUGCAGUAUCCUUCCCAUUCGGUCGAGUGUAGAAAAAUCAUCAGGCCCAAAUCAUCAAC